AUGAGGUUGGAUGCGACUCGGCACGUCUACUCGACUGUGGUAGACCUCGAGGUAGGCAACCUGCAAGAAGGUGAGCAGAUUCCCUCAGCCACAUGUCUGCCUGCCACGGGUGUGGCUGAUGACCUCAUGUCGAACACGUGUGAGGUUCACAGACUCAGUGCAGAUCGAUUGCCUACAGUGUCCGCCGCUGACGCACUGGAAGAAUUAGAUGGCGGUCUCGCUAGAUAUGUCUCUACAGGUAUUGGACGACUAGAUGAGGCUCUCAUAUCUUCUUCUUCUCUUCAGGCACCAGAUCCGACAAGCGGGGGAGGCCUCCAGAGAGGACAGGUUACGGAGAUUUGGGGACCACCAGGCUCAGGCAAGACUGCCCUAGGUAUUCAACUGGUCGCCAAUGCGCUAUGCGAGAGGCAUGGCGCUGUGUGGAAACUAGCAGCAACACGCGACUGCGCAGUGGUGGUCCUGUCACAAUGUGCAACCAAGAUGCAGUUGGAACGGAGCGCGACAUUGAUUCCAUCCAUUAAUGCUGGGGUAUGGGAACAGGGCAUGUCGACGCGGGUAGUGCUGUUCAGAGACUGGGUAUGGAAGGAAGAGCGACCGUGGUCUGUAUGCUUCGCCGGUGUGCAGAAGCUAGACGGCAAGGCUGGGCCGGACAUGAUGCAGAGCGCAGCGGCGUUUAGAGUUGAGGCGACGGGCUUGGUUGGCGUGCAGUACGACACUAGCCAUCCAUCGGUGUUCCUUCCAACGGCUCCACGAGCGAAACGCAAGCUGGCAGAGGCUGGCCUCGAGGUGCCCGAUAGCGAGGAAGAUGACGAAGAAUACGGAUGGGCACGAGAAGACGAGUCGGCGCUUCCCGGCCCGCCGCCGCAGUGGCAAGGCAGCGAAGACAUCCUUCUGGGGACCCAGGCGGCCGAAAGCGAGGAUGACCGGGGUAGCAACGGAGACGGCCACGGCGAUGGCGGCGACGGUGAUGACGAAGACGACGAGGCAGAAGAUGUGGGUGAGGCAGCGACUAGCGGCCGAGAUGACCAGGUUUUGGCCGAGCAGUAA